AUGUUUCAGCUGCCGAUCCUCAACUUCAGUCCGCAGCAAGUGGCCGGGGUGUGCGAGACCCUGGAGGAGAGCGGCGACGUGGAGCGCCUGGGGCGCUUCCUAUGGUCGCUGCCGGUGGCGCCGGCGGCGUGCGAGGCGCUCAACCGGAACGAGUCGGUCCUCCGCGCGCGCGCCAUCGUGGCCUUCCACGGCGGCAACUACCGCGAGCUCUACCACAUUCUGGAAAGCCACAAGUUCCCCAAGGAGUCGCACGCCAAGCUCCAGGCGCUCUGGCUCGAGGCGCACUACCAGGAGGCCGAGAAGCUCCGCGGCCGGCCGCUGGGCCCCGUCGACAAGUACCGCGUGCGCAAGAAGUUCCCGUUGCCCCGCACCAUCUGGGACGGCGAGCAGAAGACGCACUGCUUCAAGGAACGCACCCGGCACCUGCUCCGCGAAUGGUACCUGCAGGACCCUUACCCCAACCCCAGCAAAAAGCGCGAGCUGGCCCAGGCCACGGGACUCACCCCCACGCAAGUGGGCAACUGGUUCAAAAACCGGCGCCAAAGGGACCGGGCCGCCGCCGCCAAGAACAGGCUCCAGCAACAGGGACUCUCGCAGGGUGCGGGGCGGUCGCUGCCGUCGGAGGAAGAGAGCGCGGGCGAACCGCCGCUCGGUGCCGCCGCCAGCCCUGCCGCCAGCCUCUCCAGUAAAGCCGCCGCUUCCUCGGCCAUCUCCAUCACUUCCAGUGAUAGCGAAUGCGAUCUGUGGGCAGCAGAAGAAAGGCCCCGCUGA